GUAGUUGUUAUGGCUAUGUCUGUUGUGUUUUUCAAAACGUGAACAGAGAAUUUUGUUUAGAGCUCGAACAGAAAUGAGUUUUUCUGAGAAUCCGAAUUCGCAAAGUGAACAAAAUCAUGAGGAAUUUAAAACGCUACCUGACGAAACUCUCGGAACGGUUGAACAACAUGGUAUUUUGAAUGAUAACUCACGUAGAAAUGAAGUGGAUGUUGAAACUGAACAAAAUGAUUUAAUUGUUCUUGAUCCAGAUCACCCGUUGAUGAGGCGUUUUCAAGAGUCUCUGAGAAGCAUGCUCACCAAACACAUUGACAAUACGGAGAUUCACCUGAGGGAGAAAUACGAAGAAAUGAAAAGAGAAAAGACAGCUCACAUUGAAGUUGGUUGCGUUCUGUAUAACCUUCAACAGGAACUUGCAAAGUUUCAGUUAAGCUUAGAUAACAAACAUAAUGAAUAUGCGGAAUAUCAUGGAAAGUAUGAAAAUGCUCAGAAUAAGCUCACAACUCUCCGAGAAAAGUACCAAACGUCUGUUAAAACAAUGUUGCAAGAGACUAAAAAAAUGCAUUCUAUGCGUGAUGAAGUUGAUGCAUUAUGUUUGCGAUUAUACUACUUAAAUAAAGCUAAGCAAGACGUUAGUGGAGAUUUGCUGGUAUUGCAAAGGGCAGUUGAAAAAGUUCACACUGAUUUAAGCAAGUUUGAAGAUGAGAAACUCCGACAAGACCUUUCGGUUGAUCGUAUGCAAACUAAAGUUGACCAACUAAAAGAUGAUAUUACCUUAUAUGAAGCUCAAAUAGUAGCUCAAGAAAUUGAAAUGAAUACAAGUCAAAAUCUUUUGUACGAGGCUGAGGCACAAAUAGUUGCUAUAAAUGUUGACAAAGCGCAUUUACUUACUCAGUGGAAAACCAGUUUGCUUGGCUUACAACGUAGAAAUGAAGCAUAUGCAGAUUUAUUAGCAGCUUACAAUAAGCUGAAAGAAGAAUUACUUGUUUUAGAAAAUGAACAAAAUGCAUAUAAGCUUUCAAUUAACAAAGAACAAGAAACACAUGAACGGUUGACAGGACUACAAAAUAAAAAUGAAUCAGACUUGAAUACUUUGCGUAAACAGUUGUUACAUUCAGAAACAAAACUUGAGGCUGAUAAACAGGCUUACAUAACAUAUUCAAGAAUCUUACUGGAAACUGAACGUAAUCUUUUCAAUGCUAAAACAGAGAACAAUACUGCUCAAGCAAAUGUAAACAAUAUCCGCAAACAACUUGAGAAGAAGGUAUUAGAGAAACAAGAUUUAGAGAAAAAAAUCUCCGAAGAAUUGAGAGAUCGGUUGACCGCGCAAAAAGCUGCUAAUUAUGCUAACAAAAUCAAUAUAAACGUACAAGAUCAAAGUAGAGAAUUACUAACACAAAUUGUACAAAUGGAAAAUCAGAUUGCUAAAGACGAGUUAGGCGUAGCACGUAAAAAGGCCAGGAAUAAGCAACAACAAGAAAAAGUUAGUGAAUUAGAACGAGAAAUCGAUAACACAAAUCUAUUGAUCACUAAGCUGGAAGGUGAAAUACAUCAUGCUAAUAUUUCAGUCGAACGUAAACAAGGGAACAUUGAUAUAUUAAAUAAGAAAUUGGAACGUUUAAUUCGUGACUGCGGUGGUCAAGAAAUUGGGCCGUUGGAUGCACAAGUAAACAAUUUAAAUAAAGCUAUUGGACUUAAGCAGGAUGAGAUCGGUGAACUUGAACAACAAUGGUUAAGAGAACAGAAUGAAUUAGUUGUAAAUAUAAAUGAACGUGAUAAAUUGGCUGAGUCUGUGACUAGAAUAAAUAAACAAUUAUCAAUUUUAACACAGAAGAAAUUACGCAUUGAUAAUGAAAUUGCUAUUCAGGGACGUGAGAAAAAUGAUUUAAAAAAAGAACUAAAGCAUUUACAAAACGAUAUCACUAGAAUAAACACAAUGAUAGCAAAAGAGAAGACAACCGAAGAAUGUUUGGAUAAUGAAAAUAAACUAACUGAAAUAGACUUUAUACGUUCAUUGAAAGAAAAAGAAACAGAAGCAGCUAAUUUGCAAGAAAAAGUGGAUAAAGCUUUAAAAGAUAAAGAAGACUUAUUAAGUGAAUUAAUCGAAGUUGAACGAACAAUUAUGCUGUGGGAAAAGAAAAUACAAUUAUGUGAAGAAACUAAAAAAUCCGUUGAUUGUGAUAUAGGUCAAGGUGAAAUGAAUGUUAUGCGUCAUGAAAUUCAUCGUAUGGAAAUUCGUAAAUCCUCAUUACUUCAACAACAAGAAAGAUUAAUUCAGGCACUUGAACGUUCUGUAUCAAAGUAAUCUGAUUUUUUAAAUCACGGGUUUAACACCAAUGAAUUUUUUUCAUUUUAGGAAAUAAAAAAAAUUACAAAUUGAUUUCAAAUGAAAAGUUUGAAAUGGAUAUGUAGUAUCAGUUAAAUAUGUCAGUCGUAGUCAGAUAAGAAUUAAUACCUUCCGUAAUUUUAUGACCUACUUAAGUAAACGAAGUAUGUCAUUUGUUCAUUAGGUAGAUACAUUCUGACUGGUAGACACUUUCAAUUGAGAGUUGAAUACCUACGUUUUUCAAAUAUAAAGCCUUACUCUGCUUUUUAAAUAUACAUUUUUUUCAGGUGUUGAUAAUGCUGACUAAUUUUGUUCGUUUAGAUAACUUUUCAUAGCAUUAACAUAAAUAAUUUUCUACUUAUAAUAUCUGCACGAAUCUUACAAUGUUCACAAAAAAGUUAUGAAUUCAAGCUGUUCUGGUGAUUAUUUUCAUAGUUUACUGAACUAAAAAUUUUAGGUAUCACAAUAGUCAUUUAAGUGUUACAAAGAAAAGGGUCAUAACACAUCAUCACAAUAUGCAAUCAAGAACAAAAGCCUUCAUACCUAUGAACGAAUAAGAAGCAAAUUAAAGGAAGUAGUAACGAACAAAAACGAUCUCAGUUUGCCUUUCCUACCUCUCCUCAAUAUCUUGGCAAUUAUAGUUUUCCAAAUACAUAAUAUACUGUCUGCUUCCAUUUAUAACUGUUAGAUUAGUAGUUUAAGCAAUACGUAGAACUGUGUGGCGGUCGUAAUAUGAAAUAAUAAAUAAAAAUUGAUUGAACUAAGAAAUUUACUAGUGACUGAAAGCAAGUGAAACUUGGUUAACAGAGGUCAAGAGAUAUCAUUUUUUAACCAAUGAAGAGAUUUUACUUUGCAUUCUACUGUCUAACUUUAUCGAAAAUAGCUCAUCCAGUGAAUAACACUAGGAAAUGUAUGGGCAUGAUAUAUUGCUCUUCCCUAAAUAACAGUCAUCUGUUGUAACGUGUGGGACUGCAGGUUAUGAUACGCAGCGUUAUAUCGAUCGAUCACAGUGACACGUAAAACACGUAGUGGACGACCUAGUGUCCCGAUUGGCCCUGCUUCGCUGUCUGUCCUAGCCAGUUGAGUCAAGAACACAAGUCACAGCCUCUGAGAUAUGAAUCAUUAUAUUUCAAACAUACUUUGUUUAGAUACCAAUCAAGCAUACCACUUCGUACCAUAAAAAUAGAAAACAACAUUUUGUACAAUAUUCAACAAGUGAACAGAUAUCGACCAAUAGGAAAUGUCCAUUUAAAGUCCAAGGACACCAUUGGACUUAACAUCAUAAUUAUUGGUCUAUUCCUCCGCAUCCACAACACAUCAUUCAUAAGACGAUUUGAAAAUGUUCACUUGUCUCUUGAUGCGUUCCUAACUUAGGAUGAGAAGUUACCAGUAAAGAUUAUUUUAAAUAAUCAGGGAUUCCAAAUGUAAAUUUACUUAGAUUUCGAUACUGAAACAUGGUCCUAGUUCCCUGUAUUCGAUCUGACUAUUUUAUAUUAUUCCUCUUGAAUUAAAAUAAACUUAAUUUAGUUUUACGUUUUCCUUCACCAUUUCUUCUUUUGAGAAAUUUCGAUCAAAUCGUACACUCCCCCAUCUUCAAAAUGAGCUAAACAGUGUUAUCUAGCUAUAAAGUUUUCAUCUAAAUUUAUAUAGCUCAUAUUAAUAUUUAUUGGCUUAAAGUUGAAGUUUUAAAAAUUUUUCAGUCUGAAUUGAUCUAGAAUAUUUCGCGAUUACUUACCAUGUGGGACUUUUUAAGACAUGUUUCUUGUUAUUAAAGGGACCUCCACUUAAAUGUGACGUAAUUUCCUGAUCAUUUCUGUCACAAAGCUACUGAAGACAGUUUUUAUGUAUAUUAAGAUAUCGAGAUAACAAAUAAGUAAUUGACAUACCCUUAUGUUAUAUGAUUGGACUUAGUCGGAAAGAAACCCUGGACCUAGUUGUCGUACUGUUUGUUACUCAUCAACAAGGUAUAUCUGUACUAUUGAGGGAACAGAUGCUCCCUGGCAAAUUCGAUACUGUAUUACUCAAUUUUAAAGACGGAUACGUUGACACUAAGCUAUUUGUGCUGUGACUAACCUGAUGUAGGACUGAGAUAUUCGCGAUUGAUUAAUCACUGAGUAGUGAUCAAUGUUAUGUCUAUCAAAUCCUUUGCGUGCUGACUGAGAGAAUUUGAUCAACACUAAAAAGACAUGAAAUUGAAUAGUGCCUCCGUAAAUAAUCACUUGUAAAUGCUCUUAUAUUUAUUAGCAAAUAUUGUCAUACAGUCAUAUUGUAUUCCACUAACCAUACCGACUUUACGUACUUUUAUUUUUCGGCUCAUUAAAAAAAUAAAAGGCGUGAUACAAUUGUUAAUCAGUCGGAUGUUCUUCAGUCUAGAAAGGAUAAAUCACAAAUUCGCAUUACAGCUCAACGUCAUAUUGAUGAACUUAAACGGAAGUUAAAAGCUAUCAAACAGGUAGGUAAUUCUAUACCUCUGAAACAUUAGAGGUAAAAAGGAUUGUGUUUUGUUAUUCGUAUCUCAUUAGUUUGACAUUAAACUUAAAAACACAAAGUUGUGAUCAAUGUCACUUCUAUUUUUAACAAGUGUUAUCAAGGUAAGUAGAUUUAAGGCCUCAUGUUCGUAUUAGUUCAUCAAUCUUAAAAUUAUCUUAAUUGAUAAUUAUGCUCAGAAUGUUUUUUACUCUAGAAGGAAGAGUUACCGAUAUUACUCUACGAAUUAAGUACACUAUCACAAUGCAAAGUUAAGUUUGUCCUGAUUCAAACAAUAAAUAAGAAGAAUAAAUUGUUAUUUUGCAAAGAAACAUUUACUGUUUCCUCAGAAUGCCGAAAACAGGAGUCAUGAUCUACAUACAUAAGCUAUCUGUGACCCUUUCGUAACAAAUAGAAAAUGAACACACUAAAACUUUGUACGGCCACUAAGGGGACGGGGAGGUAACUUCAGUAAAAGAAUAUUGCCGGUUCAUGGUGAACUGUUAUCAUUUAAAUGUAAGAGUUUGAACAAAAAAUAGAACAUUUAAGGACUUCCUAACAGCCUAUAAAGUUUGAAAGCUAGAAACCAUACACACGAGUCUCUUGGUUGAAUCAAAUUCUGACAGCAGUAAAAAGAGUGAUUAUCGGUUUCUUAGUCUCCACCUUAAUCUGUUCUAGCGAAUGUAAGAAAAGCUAAACCGAUGGGAAAAUUUAAAAUGACGAAGUUUUUUUUUCAGUGUAUUAUAACCAUUCAAGUUAUCCCUUAUUAACCAUCUGUGUGAAUUUUAAACAUUUUAUUUAAUUUCCCUAAGGAUAUCAAAACACAUCAACACUGACUGAUUAUUUUCUUCAUUGUGUAU